UAUAACCAAGAAAUCGGCCGCGGGGGUCAAGGCUGCUCGUUUGAAAAGUGCGAGGUCAUUACGGUAAAUGAAACCUUUUUAAAAAUUUCUAACACAAAUGAGGAAAAUUUUGUCGGUUGUCGAUGUUCAUUAGAAGAUAAGAAAAAUUUCACUCAAGAUUUACAUUUCACUAUUCACUGUGUAGACUGAAAACAAGACUGUUUAUUUCAUACAUCAUGACCAAUAUCAGUGCCGAAGCGCAAAUUCGAUAUUUAAUCCAAUGGUUUAACGAGUGGAGUGAGCUUCAGAGAUCCGAUUUUCUGCCAAUAUUAGCGGAGAAAUACUCCAAUAAGGUAUAUGUAAAUGGAAUUGUUAAUCACAUGUCGAAUGUCAAUUGCCAGGAUAAACCAAUGUCGUUGUUCGAGUGCCGGAUAAAGUUAUUCAAAGAAUGGUUUGGCCAUUGGAAUCCUGCACAAAGAGACAAUUUUUUAACGAAAAUAUCAGACAUCGAUGAGAUUUUUGCUGCAAAGUUAAAUGUGGAAUUGCAGCAAGGUUUGGAGAAUGGGGAAAUUUUGAACGAAAAUCAUAAUGCGACAAAUGGAGAGGACCUUUUGGAAGAUUAACUAUAUGAAUAGUUUUUUUUUAUUUUACCUGCAUAUCUACGUACCUAAUUAAUUCUAUUUAUUUCUACAUACUUUAAUAAGGAUGUAAGUUGAAUGAAAGCGUGUAUAUAUAGCUUGCAAUUUA